AUGUUGGCCUCUACCUCCGGGCCCCUCGGCGGGCUGAUCAGCUAUCUGGUGAUGGUGGCCACUGGCGUUGGGCCGCCGCCUUGGCUGAUUGGCGGGGCGCUGGCCACUGUGGCCGGGGCCAUGUGUGCCAUUGCCCUGGGGGAGUUGCUCCCAUCGGCCUUCCGAUCGCUGUGGUUCCCCCCGACGACCGGCAGUAGCACGCCAGAGGCGGCGGCCAAGCUGACCGGCUCGUCCGCUUCAGCGGGGGCUUCCCGCCACCCCUUCGGCUCGAAGGACUGCUGCAAGUACAUCACAUGCGGCCAAUGCCGGCGAUCGGCGCCGGUGUGUGCCGCAAUGGGCGCAUCCUUCCAGCCGGGCCCGGCUUGCUCCGGGGCGUGUGCCUGCCACAAUGCCAUUGCCCCUCCUCCAAUGGCUGAGUCUCCGCCUGCUGAGCCGGCUCCGGAGUCCGGGUCGGCUCCCGAUGUGCCCGAUGGUGGCGGUCCCCAGGACAAGAGUGUCGUCCUGUCGCCCCUUUUCCUGUCGAUCUUCCUCGGCAUGGCACUUGUGGGCUUCUCCAUGGUGCUUGGCGAGCUGCUUCUGUCGUAG